AUGUGUGAACCUCUCGAAGAAAAGUUCGGUGCCUGGGAGCUGUUCGAAGAGAUAUGGGAAAAGGAGGGUAUGGAUGACUGGGCGAGCAUUUCGGACAAGUUGGAUGCGUUCAUAAAAGACAGUCCCUUUCACGAUCGGCUGAAGCUUCGCGCCGAUGAAAAAGAUAACGCCAAGGCACGCACCUUACGGGCGAAAGGCAAUGAAAUGUUCCACCCAAAGGUGAAGCGCUAUAUCGAGGCACUAAAAUGCUACAACGAAAGUAUCGCAUUCUCACAAAAGGGAACCGAGGAUAGAGCUAUAGCAUAUGCGAAUCGGUCGAUGAUCUGCUACGAACUACAUCGGUAUGAAGAAUGUUUGGAAAACAUUCGUCUAGCACGUGAUUCUAACUAUCCGGAACGGUUUUCGCACAAGCUGGUAAAACGGGAGGAAGCUGUCAGAAAAGUUCUGUUGGCAACGAAAGACGACCGUAAGGAUACCAAGGCAAACGGUCCGAUUCCGAAGCUUAGCUACAAUACGCGAGAAACUUUACCUCAGGUUGCAGAGUGUUUGGAGCUGUGUGAAAGCGACAAAUUUGGCCGGUACGUGGUAACUAAUCGAAAGUUAAAAGCUGGCGAUGUGGUCAUCAUAGAACAACCGUUUUGCCGUUUGCUUCUUGACGUGUAUCGUUGCAUUCGGUGCGAUUUCUGCCUCAAGGAAAGCAUAUUUACGCUUAUACCGUGCGAAAGCUGCACCGUUGCCAUGUACUGUUCGAACGGCUGUAAGACCAAAGCACUGCAACAGUACCAUCGAUACGAGUGUCCAAUAAUACGGGACAUGUGGCGAAUUUUCACAAAAAUCCCUACCCUAUCGCUACGCGUCAUAACUACAGCGAUUGCCACGUUUGACCAUAAUCUGCAAGCUAUGAGAGAGCACUUGCGUGCACUGAACGAGAAAAAGAUAAAUGCGUUUACCAUGGAUUGGACGCAAGCAUCGCCAACUGACGUUUACAACACGGUGCACGUGCUGGAAACGAACGCCAACGUUCGAACGCCAAAAGAUCGUAUGGCGCGAGUAUUUUUCGCCAAAAUCAUUCAAAAACUGCUGAUCGAACGCACUGACCUGGGUAAAGUUUUUGGAAACGAUUUCGAGAUGGCAGAAUUGCUGGAUGAUCUGCUGCUGCGCCAUCUACAGACGUCCCCGGUCAAUAUGCAUUCGUUAAAUUACAUGGAAUAUAAGCCGGCACAGGAGUUGUAUGAGUUGGAAAAUCAUGCUUCGGCUUGCUUUCCGCUGCUGAGCAUGUUGAACCAUUCCUGUGCACCUAAUGUGACCCGUGUCACUCUACAUGACGGACGGUGCGCCGUGGUAGUGAAUCGUCCUAUUCCUAAGGGUGGCCAACUUUACGAUAAUUAUGGCAUGCAUCACAGUCUGAUGCCGCGCAAGGAAAGGCAACUCGCCUUGGCAAAUCAGUACUGUUUCCUCUGUAAAUGUGAAGCGUGCGUGAACAAUUAUCCGUUGUAUUUCGAUCUUCCCAACAUCGAUUGUAGCCCGCAUAUAUUGAUAGAUAUUCUAGCCAUGCACGCGGAACUGAUAAUCCAUAACGCAACGAAGGCGGCAGAGGUGAUGCCAAAGCUGCUUCGCCACUUGAACGAUAUUGGACGACUAUAUCCCAAAAAGGAGACUUGCUCGUGCCAAGAGCUGUUUUUGCGUAGCUUUCAAAUUUUGUACAAACCGACAUCAGAAAGUGCACAGUACUGGAAGUAUUGUAAUCCCUAG